GUGGGUAUAUUACUACAAAUGUGUGAGCGUGUUCUCCUGCACAGAGCUGCUGACUGCCUCUGCAUCCUCAGCACUCAGGGAACUAAAACCUGCGCAUGGUGCAGCACUUCUACCUGCCUAACACUGUUUUUCAUUCUUGCAAGCUUUGACUGACACUCUGACAGCUGACUGACUGGAGUGGAGUUACAGCGUCACGACGCAAGCUUUUUUUUUUUUUUUUUUUUGAGGGGAAUUAUGAGAAACGUGGAGCUGUGAUUUUACAUCAGAUUGACAGCUGACAAAGUGAGGAGGACAUGGAGAACAAGGCCAUGUAUCUGAGCACAUACGAGGAGAGAGAGAACGGCUCCUUGUAUGAAGACCCCUACGAGGGACGCAACCUGUCCAAACUCAACCUGUGUGACGAAGGUUCUGCCAGGCGUCGCAGGAAGCAGGAACAGUGCUGCGGUCAUCUCAACUCCCUCUCCGCCAUCAAGUACGCCAUCGUCUCCCUCUACAUCCUGGUUCUUCUCACCAUCUUCGGACUCUGCCUGGCAGUCUCUCGUUCCCAGGUGUCUUCACAGCGCCAGGAAGUGCUGAUGGAGAACGUGACCCGGAUGUCGGAGCGCUCCCAGCAGGACCUGGGCGAGGCUUCCACUCAGGCUGACCUGUUGGAGAACAUCUGGAAGCUGGAGAACCUCUUCCAGAACCACAGUGACUGGCUGCAGAGGCUGGAGAUCCUCAUCAAGGGCCUGGAGCUGGAGCUGAGGAGUAUCCAGGCGAACUCCCUUCAGUCAGAGGGUUACCUGGUGCAGCUGGACGACAGGUUGUCCUCUCUGAGCAGCUCCGCCAGCAGGAACCUGACGAGCCUGAACGCAGAGGUGUCCAGAUCCUCCAUCUGGCUCCGCGACCACGAUGUCCUGCUCAGGGAAAGCUCAGGACAACUGAGCAGGCUCAGAGAGAAACUGGACGAGGUGAAUUGGACGGUGGGAGCUGUCAAUCAUACCUUCGCCAAUGACAUCAGUUUUCAUCAUGUGAAGAUACAAGACUUGCAGAUCCAGAUCAGCAACAUCACAGAGGACACCAGCAGUUUGUGGGUGACCCACGUCCACACGGAGGCCCAGCUGAGGAACGAGAUGGAGAUCCUCAACACGAUCGCAGAGGACCUCCGCCUGAAGGACUGGGAGCACUCCAUGGUCCUGAAGAACCUCACCAUAUUUGAAGGUCCUCCAGGGCCAAAGGGGGAGAAGGGUGAUAGUGGACCACUGGGGCCUGCUGGGGCUCCAGGGUUUUCCGGCUUGAGAGGGUUUACAGGAGAAAAAGGCAUCCAGGGUCCUCGGGGAAUCACAGGGUCCGUCGGGGUCGAUGGCGUUCAUGGAGAAAAAGGAGAAGUCGGACCUGUUGGUCCUAGAGGUGACAGAGGAGAGAGAGGAUCGAAGGGAGAGAAGGGGGAUCGAGGAUUCAGAGGAGAGAAAUCGGUGGAGGAGACUCUUGUGCGGCUGGUGAACGGGUCAGGUCCUCAUGAGGGGCGAGUGGAGGUCUUCCACGAACGCCGCUGGGGGACGGUGUGUGACGACACCUGGGACAAAAAGGACGGAGACGUGGUGUGCAGGAUGCUGGGACACCAAGGGGCCACUGAGGUGCAUAAGACGGCGCGGUUCGGACAGGGAACUGGUCUGAUCUGGAUGGACGACGUGGCGUGCACAGGGGCCGAGGACACCAUCCACCAGUGUAAAUUUCCUGGCUGGGGCAAAACAAACUGCGGCCACGUGGAGGACGCUGGUGUGACCUGCACCGUCUGAACCUCUCAUACACCUGACUCUGAUGCAGCCGUGGAGUGUCUCCUUUAACUGUGCCUUUUUAUAUAAACUCUUAAGAAGCUACAACUUGCACAACAACUUACCAUUGGCGAGGGGUUCCUUAAAGCAGAAUGUGUUUUGUUUUUCCUCUGAAAGAAAGUGCCUUCCUUCCUGGAGAAGCCCUCCAUGAUGUGUAUGACGGAUAUCUGCAGCUUUUUUGUCACUGCAGCUUUUUUUUUUUUUUAUGUCCUGACCGAGCAUGUGAUCAUUUUUUUUGCUUCAAGACUGAAUCAGGAGAGCAAAGGAAAUGCACAUAUUUUCAAAACUUUGCGCUUCUUUUCCACACGAGCUGUUUUGUUGGGGAUGAUCGAUGACAGGAGUUUGCAUCGGGACAGCGUCUUAAGACCGAAGAGUGAAGAUCAGGGGUCGUCCAGAGGCUCGCGCUCCACGACAAGCUCUCAGAGGCUCUCAUCCAGGGUUCCCUGUUUUGAACCCUUUAGCGUAAGAAAAGCCACUUUAUCAUUCCAGAGACUUCCUUCAUCAGCUGUCGACUCACAAGAGGCUGAGAAGCUCAAAACGGCACAUAAAGAAACUUGACAAGUUUCUGUCAAUAGAAAGUGUCUUUCCUCACAGUAUUAUGUAGAUGCUUAAUAUACACCGUGCUGCUUCAUUUUAUAUCAUACAGCUCUCUACAUAGUCAGCAAACAUUUGAUGAUUUGCAGGUCAAACAGAGUUCAACUAGAGAACAUGUAGGGUAAAGUUUCUACUUUCACUUUAAAACACGCUCUGUGGGGUUUCAUGUAAACCAACAGAAGCUCUUUUUUUUACAUUCAGUGUUACUAACCAUAAACACGUCGUGUGCGUCCUUGGUGUUGGGACAAGCAUGUCGGGUGCAUUAUCCUUCCACAUGACACAUAAGUUUUUGUUUUAAAUUGUUUCUGUCUCGCAUUAUGCCGCCAACUGUCGAGCAGCCUUAAAGUGUCAAAUCAAAGGGAACGGGGCAACAGUGUCUGCAUGGUCAUGCAAAGCAACGCUUCAGCUGUUAUUACAUUGCUCCAGUGUGCUACAGUACCAGUAGUUAUAAACUCACACUGGAUGUAUUUUAAUUACUUUAUGUAGUGUUUGAAUCAUUUUUACAUUUUAUACACAGAUAGUUAUGCAUACAGGUUUGUAGAUGUAUCUUGCUCUUUCAGCUUACAAAUGACGCUUUCAUCAACCUUAUCUGUGGCUACAACAGGAAGCUGUAGGCAGGUAGAGAUUAUGUAGAAUAAUAAUCGAGAUGCUCAGCACCAGCAGGACGAACACAAAGCUGAUGAAGUGGAGCAUGUUUAGGCUCAGAGGUUAACUCGUUGGUCCUGUGCAGAGACUAUAGCGCUUGAAAGUGCCUCGGGUUAGUCUCUCACCCUCAGUCAUUUACAGCAGUGGUUCUCAACUGGUGGGUCGGGACCCAAAAGUGGGUCGUGAAUGUGUGCCUUGCAAAAAAAAAAAAAUCUGUCAAAAAAGUACAUGAUGCCCUUUUUUUAAAUACAUUUUUUUGGGUUCUGUCGGAUGUUUUGCACCGCCUGAGGUCCAAACUGCAAAACUUUUCAUUAAAUAAAUCUGUCUGCUUGAGAAAUAUCAGAAA